AUGGGGUCGUCAUUUUUCAAGAACUCGCGCGUGUACAUGCUCAGUGCUGUAGCGUACAUGGGUUCCUUUCUCUUUGGUUAUGAUACCGGUGUGAUGGGCAGCGUGCUAGCCCUAGACAGCUUCAAAAAAGACUUCAACAUCCCCACAGGCAGCACCGGGUUUGCCAGCAGCGAGAACGCAAAUAUCUCAUCGAACGUCGUCGCCCUUUUGACUGCAGGGUGCUUCUUCGGCGCCAUCGCAGCCGCCUUCGCCAACGACAAAUAUGGCCGCCGCAACUCGCUCCUCGUUCUCUCCGUCAUCUUCAUGAUCGGAGCCGCCGUGCAAACAGGCGGCAAGGGAACAAUCGCCUACAUCUACGGCGGGCGAGUCAUUGCCGGGUUCGGCAUCGGAGGCAUGUCCGCCAUCACCCCUGUCUAUGUCUCCGAGAACUGUCCUCCCAACGUGCGCGGGCGCAUUGCCGGACUGUUCCAAGAGUUCCUGGUCAUUGGUGUCACAAUUUCAUACUGGCUCUGCUAUGGAGUGGACCGCAACAUCCCGUCGUCUACGAAGCAAUGGCGGAUCCCUGUUGGGUUCCAGCUCGUCCCUAGCGGGAUGAUGUUCGUCGGACUCUGGUUCCUGAAGGAGUCACCCCGCUGGCUCAUGAAGCAGGGACGCUACGACGAGGCCACCGCCUCGCUGGCAUUCACUAGGAAUGCCCACCCGGAUAGCGAAGAGGUCCAGCAGGAACUAUCCGAGAUCCGCGCCUCCAUCGAAGAAGAGCUCCUAUCCACCGAGGGUCUCACCUGGCGCGAGUGUCUCCUCCCCGGAAACAGACUCCGCUUCAUCAACGCCUUUAUCAUGAUGUUCUGGCAGCAGUUCAGUGGCACGAAUUCGAUCGGAUACUACGCGCCCCAGCUCUUCCAAACAAUUGGUGUCGCUGCUACAGACACCAGUCUCUUUACAACCGGUAUCUAUGGUGUCGUGAAAGUAGUCGCGACGGGCAUCUUCCUCCUCAUUGGCAUUGACAAGAUUGGCCGCAAGUGGUCUCUUGUAACCGGUGGCGUCUGGAUGGCCGCAAUGAUGUUCGUUCUAGGCGGUGUUCUAGUCUCUUAUCCCCCCGACCCUGACGCAGGGGGUGGGAUCUCCUCAGCAUCAAUCGCCAUGGUCGUCAUGGUAUACCUCUACGUUAUCGGAUACUCCGCCUCCUGGGGCCCCAUUCCCUGGGUUUACAUCUCGGAAAUCUUCCCGACCCGCCUGCGCUCCUACGGCGUCGGAAUGGGAUCCGCGACACAAUGGCUCUUCAACUUCGUCGUGACCAAAUUCACACCCGCCGCAAUCAGCAACAUCGGAUGGCGCACGUUCAUCAUGUUCGGUGUGUUCUGUUUCGCGAUGGGCAUCUGGGUGCUUGUCUUCGUCAAGGAGACCAAGGGCCGGUCACUGGAAGACAUGGACGCGCUCUUCGGCGGGAAUAUCCAUGAGCAGGCCGUUGCGCGGAAGGACGUUGAGAGGACCGCUGAUGCGGCAGAGCAUCCCGAGGGAGAAAAGGAAACCUCUAAGCAUGAGGAGCAGGUGCGUUGA